AUGUGUUAUGUGGGUAAAGCUACAAAGAUCUUCAUCUUCAUUGUCACCGUUUUGGUUGUUCUUGGCCUUGUUCUAGCCUUUGGAGUCUUCCGCCACAGCCUCCAAAAACCCCACAAGUGCCUCGGAGAUUCCUGUUUUUCUCCUCCAACCGCCUUCCCCAACCCCAAUUCCGUCCCUUCCGGCAGCGCCGCCUCCAAUCAGCCGCAGAACCCACCAAAACCACCGGAUUCCAAUCCUAACCCACCACCCCAAAAUCGAUUUCCGGCUUCUCCGCCUCUACCUGACGUUGCUUCUCCACCUCCGCCUGCUACCAUCCCAACUCCCUUACCACCACCGCCCCCGCAAUCCCAAUCUCCGCCUCCUCCAGAAACCGCAGCGGCGGCGCCGUUGACUCCGCCCAGUACAACAUCGGUGAGUCCGGAUCCAAUGGAUGCUCAGCUGCAAUCCUCGAUUCCUAAGACCACUAAGAAGUUCUGA